GUCAACACCACGCAGCCAGGCCGAAUAAUCACACUUUUGUUUCCCACGCCGUCCAGUCGCCAUUGAGUUUCCCACGUCAUCAGCGAAUCUCGAUACAGCUCCAUCCUCGCACAGAGCCGCCGCCAUGUCGCCGCCCGCCAUCAUCGCGCCUUCCAUUCUGUCCGCCGACUUCGCAGAGCUGGGCAAAGCAUGCUCUGACACCAUCCACCAGGGCGCCGAUUGGCUCCAUGUAGACAUCAUGGACGGCCACUUUGUCCCGAACAUGACCUUUGGCGCCCCAGUCGUUACCAAGAUCCGCUCCCACGUCGAACGUCCUGCUGCCGCCCAUGGCCGCGGCACCUUCGACUGCCACAUGAUGAUUGCCGAGCCCAAGCGGUGGGUCCGCGACUUCAAGAAGGCCGGCUGCGAUCUGUACUGCUUCCACUAUGAGGCCGCCGUCGAUUCGACUGCCGCCGACUCCCCCUCGGGCACCUCCUCCGCGAAGACCUCGCCCAAGGAGCUGAUCAAAUUCAUACAUGGUGAAGGUCUGCAGGCUGGCAUCGCGAUAAAGCCAGGGACUCCUGUAGAUGUGCUCUGGGAGAUUCUGGACAAUCCUGUCAAGGAGGAAGUACCUGACAUGGUCCUCGUCAUGACCGUCGAGCCCGGCUUCGGCGGCCAAUCGUUCAUGGCCGACCAGCUUCCUAAGGUUACAGCGCUCCGCCAGAAAUAUCCUAACAUGCACAUUGAGGUGGACGGCGGCUUGUCUGAGAAGACUAUCGACCAGGCAGCAGACGCCGGCGCUAACGUUAUCGUUGCAGGAAGCGCUGUAUUCGGGGCAGCUGACCCAGGACAAGUCAUCAAGAAGCUCAGGGAGGCAGUCGACUCGAGAAGAGGCAAGCUAUGAGAGGUGUAUAUUGUAGAUCGAUAUGUAUGUAAACGCCGCCUAUGAAUUGAUGAGGAGAGAUAGACAAAAGUAGUUGGGAAUCAACAACCUGCAUC